AAACAGCUCCACUGCCAUGCACCAAGGGUCUAGCCAGACCUGACACAACGAUCGGACAUCACAUAUCAAGUGACAAAAUCUGACAUCAUAUCGAUUAAGUUGCCAGCAGGAUUUCGCGCACGCUGACUCGCCCUCCCCCCGCAAGGUUCGGAGCUGUCAGAAUGAUGGCAGAUAAGCGGAUGCGUCGGAUCUGCUAUCUCGCACUCUCGCACUCUCUCUGCCAAUUCUCGGCCUGGGCCGACCCCAGGGACAGAUGUCCGAGCAACGCGGGGCGUUUACCAUUGGCCGGCGAUCACUUAUCGGUGCCAGGAAAUGGCGACGGGCGCUGCCUGUUUCUGCGUGUCGGGUUAGCAAUGCUUAUUCGUUGCACUCCCUACAGACCCCAUCCGCCCAUCCCGCAUUUUUCUCCGCAGAUCACAUCAUAGAUGCCCCUCGCCGAUAAAUGUCCUCCGCAACGCACUCCGCUCCUGGUGUGAUACUUUCGUCCGCAAGAAUUACAAUGACCGCUGCUACUCAUCAGAAAUCCGUCCCGUCAGAGCAGACGCCCCUUCUGGGCCGUUUGGAAGAGGUGCACGAUGCGCCCCGCGUCCCGGUGACGGGCGUCCAGGGCUCGGCGAUCAUGGUAGCCAUGGGUCUGCUGCUGUUUAUUCAAGCCACCCAAAUCACCGCCAUGACCACCGCGCAAUCGGCCAUUGCCACCGAGUUCGACGCCUUCUCCGUGGCCACGUGGUUCAGCUCCGUGUUCCUGAUCGCCUACUCGAGCAUCACGCCCCUCUCCGGCCGACUGUGUCAGAUCUUCACGCCCCGCGUCUACGUCUUCUUCACCUCGAGCCUGCUGGCAUUGGGGCUGUUCAUCACCGCGGCUGCCCCGAAUCUGGCCGUCUUUCUGGCCGGACGAGCCGUCGCGGGCUGCGGCGCGGGCGGACAGAGCGUGACGGCGCUGGUGCUGGCGCUGGACCUGACGAGCAAGAAGCGCCGCGGGCUGUUCCUGGGCCUGAUCAGCGCCGCCAUGACGACGGGGAUCGCGUCGGGGGCCGUGCUCUCGGGCCUCCUGACCACCGUCUACGGAUGGCGUCUCAUCUUCUGGAUCCAAGCCCCGAUCACCCUCCUCCUCGCCCCGAUCAUGUUCUUCGCCAUCCCUCCCCAACCUGAGGACGGGCAGGAUGAGCAGGACGGGCGCACAAUACUCCAAAAGCUCGCCCAGGUCGACUACGCGGGCGCGUUGACCUUA